AUGGAUCUCUCUCCCCCCCCCACCACCCCCUGCAACCUGGGUCCGCGGCGUGCGCCCUCCCCUGCCCACGCGAGAGGCUGCUUCCAGCUCCCGCGUGCAGCUAGCGCCCGCCCUCCUUCCCCCACCCAGGCCAAAAAAAAAAAAAAAAAAACUCCUCCUCCGUACGCCCGCCCGGGGGAGGCCCCAGGCUGGAGGGCGGGGGAGGAGGAAGGGCGGGUAAAGGGCGCGCGCGGCCGCGGAAGCGGCCGCGCGCCACAGUCUCCUCCUCUCGCCUCCCCGCGGUCGGUUACCCCCGCCUCCGCAACCCGGCGGGGACCCGGACGCUGCGCAGCCGCCGCCAGCCCCGGAGCGCAGCGGCCGCACCGCCCCCGGGGACCGGAUCCGGAUUCCCGCGACCCCCCCUUUCGGGCUCCCGACGUCGUCCCCGCCUGCCUGGGCGGGCAAGCAGCCGGAGAGAAGCGUCCUAGCCUGCCCCCCGCCCCCGAGCCACCCACCCCGGCCAGAGGCGCCGCUACCGUCCAGCCACCCCGACGCGCCCGGAGGAUCCCAGCGCAGAGGCGCGACCACGGCGGCAACCGUCGCCUCCUCCCCCGAGCUUGCGGCCCAGCCCCGCCGGCGCCCCCGCCCCGGCCUCCGGGGAGCCGAGCCAAGGAGAGGGCGGGAGGACGGCGGCCGGGAGGCGGGGGCGCAGCGCUCACCGGCCCCGAUGCCCCCUCCGGCGGCCGGCGAGAACUGCGCCUGGCGGCACGGAGAAACGCGGGCUCCUCCGCCCGUGGCCGGGGCUCAGCUCGGGCCUCGUUUCCUGCCCUCCCCUCCCCCGGCUUUCGGCGUCCUCUCCAGUGUCCUGGUUCUCCCUGGCCCAGUCCCCUGCUGGGAGAUCGCCCUCGGGUCCCUCCGGGCUUCCACUGCAUUCGCGGGUCGCUCCCCGCCGCCCGACCCCGGCGCGCGUCCUCAGCUGCCUCGGUUACCCGGAGCAAAGCGGCCUCCACGCUUCCCGCUCCAGCGGCUCCCUCCCCAGCUCUGAGCGGCGGCGCCCUCCCCCGUUCGGCCGGGCACAGCCGCAGCUCCCUCCCGCGGCGGCAGCGGCUCCUCCUCCGGGCGCGGCGGCGGCGCUGGGGCGGCGGCUGCUGCUGCUGUGGCGGCGGUGGCUGCUGCCUGCUGCUCCUCGCGGCGAAAAGCACAAAGCACAGCGCCCUCCGCCUGCAGGCAGCCCGCCCGCCGCCCGCCCGCCGGCCCCGGCCCCAGCUCGCACACCCCCCGCCGCCGCCGCAGCCUCCGCCGCCGGAGCGGGGAGGAGGAGGGAGAAGGGAGGAGGAAGAGCGGGAGGGGGGGCAGGAGAAGCGGGGCAGCGAACGCGUCCUUCCCCGUAGAGCGCACACCGACCCCCGGGGAGCGAGCGCCAGCCCGCCCGCCUCGCCGGCUCCGCUCCCUCCCACAGCCUGCCCGGGCGGGCUCCGCGGGGGGCAGCUGGGAGGAGGGGCGGGAGCUUGGGGGGACCCGGGCGGCCGAGGCGGAGGAGAGGAAGAAGGGGAGGGGUGGUGGUGGUGGUGGUAGUGGCGGCAGCGGCGGCUGCUGCUGCCGCCGGGGAAGGGGGGGCCGGGGCAGGGAGACACGCAACCGCCCGGAUGGCGGUGGGGCUCGGAGCCGAGGCGGGCAGGCGCCGAGAGCGACCUCGCCAGACCCGCGGGGGAACUAGCAGGCUCCGCCGGCGCGGGAGGGAGGGCGCGAGGCGCGGCCGCAGAGAGGGUGCCGGGAGGGCCCCCAGGCGGCCAGAGAGGCUCAGGGGGUGCCUGCAGCCUUGCUCUGGAGCUCUCCCCGACGUCCUCCCAGCUCGGAUUCGGGCUUCCAUUGCAACCCUUUCCCGCCUCCCAAGCGGGCGGUUCGCGCCCACCCUCGUCCCUGGACCGUGGCCACUAGCUUGGGGCGCACGCCCUCCUAUAGCGGCGCCAGGCUUCUUCGCCUACCUCGCGGUUCCCUCGCAGCCGAACAGCACACACACGAAACUUAAAAAAAAAUUAACUCUACAAAAUGCUCUCCCUGCUAAUUAAAAAAAAAGAAAAUUCCCUUCGCGCCUUACACCCAGGAAACGGCGAGGCGACGACGGGUUUCGGCGUUGGAGGCUCUUUGGGAGCCGGUUCAAUCCAGCCCGGCAUGGCUCCCCGGGCCUGCCCGGGCGCAUGGAGAUCGGCGCCGCCGCCACUCGCAGCAACCCCUCUCCCCCGAAAUCCGCCGCGCCGGGGCUCACUUACCGAGUGUGUAAGAGAGCGCGGGUCAGCGAUACCUAGGGUUGCGGCGGGCCGAAGAGCCGAGCCGCAGCCGACGCCGGGGCAGCGAGUCGCCAGACAAAGCCCGAGAUGGCGAAGCGGAGCGACGGCUAAUGGCGAGCCCCACGCGCCGCGCUCCGCCCGCCCCGCUCCGCCCGCCCGCCCGCCUCGGCGCAGCGCAGCGCCGCUCCGAGCGCUCGCCCGUCAGAGCCGCCUCGGCGCCGCCGCCUCCCGGGCCACCCUGGCCUCGCCUGGCCCCUCCGCCUCCUCCGGGCGGCUCAGCCUCACCCCUUCCCUCCCUCCGUGCUGGGGGCUGCACGAAAAUAAAAAAAGAAAAAUGCUUUUUUUUUUUUUGCAGGGCGGCGUGUUGAGACUUUAGGGUCUUGCCCCCAGUUCGCACUCACCUGCGGAGCCUCCGGGAGGGCUGGGGGUGGGGGCGCGCGGGGCUGGAGCCGGCGAGCGCGGGUUGAAAGCUAGCCAAGCUCUGCAGCGCCCGACCCGGGCGUAUACGCCGCCGCCAGUCCCCGCAGAGAAAUCGUCCUCCUACCCCCGCCUCCAUCGCUCUGCGUUUCUCUUCCAAUCAGCCGGUCGCUUGGCGGCUCCUCCAUUCUCCGGCCAAGCCGGCUGCCUAGAGCGAGCUCCACUUCUCCAUCUGCUUGCCCGGCUUCUCGCUCCCCUGCCGGGGCCGGCGAGGCGAUGUGAGGCCGGAGGGGGAUUUGCGAGGGAACCUGCCUCCUUCUCGCUCCCAUUGCUCCCCUCCUGCUGCCGCCUCCUGCCUCCUGCUCUCCUGCGUCUUUCCAACUCUCCCCUGUCGCCACUGGUGUGUCUCUGAGUGUGUGCGCGUUUUUUUUUUUUUUAUUGCUCUUUGCUUUUGCAACCCUGAAGCCGGGGAGGGGGGCCGGGGGGGGUUACCAAAAAAAGCGAGAAAGAGCUUUUAGAUUUGCAACACACUGAAAAACCGGGGGAGCACCCCGCCGCGUCCUAUCUUAGUGCCCCGCGAGGGCCUUCCGGGUUUCAGAGCGAGCUUCUCGUUCUCAGUGACCCUCACCUCCUCCGGGUUUAGGAUCCGAGGAGUUCGGGCACAAAGUUGUCCCCCUGGGCCGUAGCAAGGGGCGUCAGGGUGGGAGUUGGGGAGAUUUCUCGAGAAGCAGCAGUUACCCUUCCCACCCCGGCCUUGGUGGCUGGGCCAGGGUGGGGGUGUAGAGCAAAAUCCCUGUGGGUUUGAGCGACGGAGCUUCCGGAGCGAAGUCGGAGUCAAGCGACCGCGCUUCGCGCAUCUCCCCCUCGGUCUCUGCCUCCUGUCCCCUGUCAGCUCCCCCUUUAAUUUUUUUUUUUUUUUUCCUCUCUCUCCUUUAAUCUAAUUUCUUCCAACUCCACCUUUGUUGUUACCGGCGUCACGCCUGGGCCAGCCAAUCCCCGCCACGCAGUCAGCUUGUCAAAAAGGCUCGGCCAGCCCUGGGAAAGCAGGCCGCGGGCGCUGCCCCCCGCCCCCCCCGGUGGCGACGGCGGCGGGGAUCCGCGAGGGGAGCCUGGCACCCGGCCUUGCCGCCGGAGCAGCAGCAGGACAACCUCCGCGCUCCACCAUCCUGCGGACCGGAGGUCGAAAGACCUGGGAGGGGACCGCCAUCCACCCUCCCACUGCCGUCGGCCCUGGUUGUUUCUGCCUCCGCUCCUCAAAGGAAGAGUUAUCGGGACGCAGGGAGCCAGAAGACUGAAGACCGCCUGCUUCCCACAGCCGAGCCUACGGUUUGGGCCAUCGCUCCGGAGGCAGCGCCAUUGCUCCCGGCUUCCAGGGCUUCCAGGCUGCCAGUCUCACGCACCGACAAGGCUACUGCCCACAUCUCGGCCAGUCGGCCACAGUCCCUUCAGACCCUCCUCUGGCACACAGCCUUCUCCAUCCUCACACAACGGCCUUGCUGUUGCUGUAAUUCCUCUUGUCUCCUAGGAGAAAUGACAUUCCGUUCCCAGGACUUCCACAGUCCACAUCUGCCACAUUUCACAAACGGAGGAAAACCCUGUCAAGAUCUGGUGUGUCCGGAUUUUUUAGUGGGCAGGAGAGGUUGCCUUUAGUAGGAGAGGCUAUUUACCUUAACGCUAAUGAAGCUUAAGCUUCAGGACCCCUCAUUUGCAGGGCUUGUGCAAAGCCCUGUACUUAUUUUUUAUUCAUCUUUUGGUAUUUUUGUUAAAGAGGACUUCCCCCCUUCUUUUUACAAGUUUUGACCCCGCAAAUCCCGCUCUGUCUUUGGAAUGUACACAACAUUUUGUGUAGGAUCAAGCCAUCUCACACCGUACGUGAAUCCAGCAGAGACUGACUUUCUUGUUUUAAUUGGUGAAGAGUAGAGGGUUUGGAGUCAGAAGUCCCAGCUCCAGUUCUCACCAUUCACCACCUUCAUAAUAGCAGCGUGGCUACAACACAGUGAUUCGACAGUUAUAACAAA